GCCACAUUGCCCGGCCAAAUUUCACAACUCCUCCCCCUUCUUGAUAAUUGCCAGUUCAAAUUUCUUUCAAGGGGAAACCUUUCCAACUUCCCGCCUGGUUUUCUUAUUCUGUCAUUCUUUUCUAGAUCCUAGACCCCCCCCCCCAAACACACCGACCCACAAACCCGAUAUGGCAAACCCUUCAUCAGGUGAUGCCGCUGGCUCGACAGGAGCUUCACCAACCGGGCCCUCGCCCAACUCGGUCAAACCGUCGCCGAAGUCAUCAUCAUCAAACGCGCCCCAUUCCGCCACUCCCACUUCGGCCCAGGCCCAAUUCCACAGGUUCAGGUUGUCGGAAUUCAGUCGUGUUGAGUCCAGCCCUACGAGCGCUUCGCCCGGCGGCCACUGCUCGCGCUUUCGCGUUACUGAUUUCGUCCCAUGGGCCUCACAGGCUGAUCCUCCCCCGCCGCCUCCACCACCCCCUCCAGGUGUUGCGGUGAACGGCGGGAGGUCCGCGUCGGACGGCUCGCCUUCAUCCGCUACCACUCCGCGGCCGGGAAGUUUCUCAGUCAUGCACAUGGACGUGGAUAAUUCGGGCCCACAACAAACAAGCAGUUCCGUGACAGCGGCGGCGGGAUCGACUAGAGGUGUUUUACAGAAAAUUACGGUACCCUCUGCCCAGGCGCAGGGAUUGAAGCAAGCUUUACCAAUUCACCCGCGGCCUCUCGCUCCCUCCCCGAUCACGACCAAUGGUAUGGUCCCCUACAACCCUGCUACGGUUCCACAGGAAGCGGUUUGGGAGCUCUCUCGUGUUCUGAAUAUUCUACGUAAUACGGCUCCGGAGAUGGUUGUCAAGAUCAUCUCGGACGCUUUGAUUAGUUGGCCGAGUGUCUUGGAGGGCAGUCUCCUCCGCCGCAUUGGUGAGAUUUUUCCACCCUUACCAGCCCCUAGUCCAGGAGUUCCCGGGCCAUCAAACAGCGCUGCUAGUCCUCAGGAACCUCCCAAGAAGAAGAAGCGUGGAAGACCGCCUGGGAAGAAAACCAAAUUGAAUGACGGCAGUUCCGCAACCGUGCCCAUUGCAGCUAAUCUAGCCUCUAUGCCACCCCCGCCGUUGCCGUACAUUGCGCCCGGUCCACAGGCUCAGCUAGCCCCUGUGGCGCCACCGCAACCACCACCAACCUCUGCUAAGCGCAAUCAGGCGGAUGCGGGGAAGCUGCUCCAAUGCACGCGUUGUUUGAAGUAUUUCAAUCCUACCUGGAGGGCUACGCCCGCCUCUGAUCCUUCCUCGGAAGCUACAUGCGCGGUUAAACACCCGUUCAAAGACUUUCCAUCGGGUCUCGAGGUGGUUGCUCCUGCUAGGCGCAAGAAUAAUUAUAAGACUACCUGGAAAUGGAAGUGUUGUGGGAGAGAAGUGCAGAGCACGUCUAAUGAGCUGUUGAUGUGGCCGAGGAAGGAGGAUGACAGGACGGGCGGGUGGUGCUUUGUCGGGAAGCAUACUACUGAAGCUGGAGUGAGGGAGAAGUUGGGAUUGAAGCCGGGCAAGGGGAAGAAGAUACAUGGUGAUGGAGAUAAGAAGCACAAGGGUGGACAGGGGGAUUCAGGGGAUCAUUCACAGGCGAAUGGAGAACAGGAGGAUCCGAAGGAAGAAGGGUGGACUAUGCUUCCUGGGGGUGGUAGAAGUAUAGCUGGACCGGCCGGGGGAAUGCAGCAGUAUAGCGGGCAUCCGCAGCAGCAGCAAGUUCAGCAGCCGCCACCGCCGUCUCCGCAAGGGCAGCAACCCACGUAUCCACAACAACAGCAGCAGCAUUGCCACCAACAGCAGCAACAGCAACAGCAACAAGUGGAAGAUUCGCCGGACAGUCCGCCAAAGCGUAAGCGCGGAAGGCCAAAAGGAAGUAAGACUCGCAGCAAGGCUAUGCCGAUUUCAACAUCAGCGGCUUCAUCUUCGACUGCAACUGUCACAGCCAAAGAUCCCACCGCCUCCACCCCCACUCAACAACACCCGCACCGUUCUCACAAUCAACAGCGUGCCCACCCCCAGGACCAAUCCUCCUUCUGGACACAAUACACCGAACCAACUUCUACCUCAAACACCUCUCCCCGCCACCAACCCCCAACAACCCUUCCGGCCGCCAGCCCUUCGACUACAACCACUUCCCCCGCAACUCCGCAAGCUCCACAUCAUCCUCAUCAUGCUCGCCACCCCCACCCCUCCCAUCAUCCUCUGGAAGACCCAGCAAUCUCGACCGCAGAUCUUACCCUCCUCGCAAGUGCCACCGCCGCAAUGACCGGCACCAGCAACAAUCCUUCUUCCUCCAACCAGCCAUCCACCUCGGAUGCAAACACCACAACCACCGACAUUCCGGAAAAGCGCAAACGCGGCCGUCCAAAGGGGAGUAAAAACGGUGGUAAAACCCUCGACGCAGGAGGAACUGCUACUACCGGCGGGAAUAGGGGACUACGCAUGAAGGGACAACAGCAGCAGCAGCAACCGCAGCAGCCGCAGCAACAACAGCAACAACCGCAACAACCGCAACAGCAGAAAAAGGUUGAAAGAGCUGUUAUCCCAACAGUUCCUGAAGAAAUCGAAGUUGUCGAUGAAGAUGACGACGAAGAAGAAAUGGAGGAUGAGGAAGAAGAGGAAGAGGAAGAGGACGAGGACGAGGAAGACGAGGAUGAAGAAGAGGAGGAGGAAGAUGCGGUCGGCGAAGACGACGUCGACGUCGACGCCAACAACACCACUAGUAAUGCCGCCACUAGCACCGCCGUCCCAACUACCGGAUCGAAUACAGCCGAAGUCGGCGAGGAAGUGGAGUUCGGCGUUAGUGUCGGCGUGGGUGUUGGCGUGGGAAUGGGGAUGAGUGGCAUGGAUGGUUAUGCGGGCCUUGGCGGGGGUGAUGGUGGGGGGUGGUUUGGAUAGUUCAGUUAGUUUCGUGGUCUUAGGGAGGAAGGGAGCGACGGAGGAGGGGUGACAAAAAAUAGCUGUUUUUCUUUCCUUUUCUCCCCUUUUAUUGGGUUUCGCUAUUGUGCUGCUUGGUAUUACUUGGUCUCGUGGCUAUUACAUUUUGCCUUCCCCUUUUUUUCAUUUUCGCUCUACUCUACUCUACUUUACUUUACUCAUUUUACUACUUAACCUUUUUUCUCUUCUUUCCUUUUCAUUUCUUUCUUUCUCUCCCUUGCUUGAGUACUUUUCCCGUGUGCGAGUUUCGUCUCCAUCUGUCCGUCUGUCCGUCCGACAUUCUAGUCAUCGCUUGUACUGUGCUCUUUUGUACCGUGUCCUAACUAGUUGGUCAGUCAAUCCGUCAAUCAAAGCCAGGCAGAAUUGGCUAGGAAGAAGACGAAAUGAAUCAAACAUGGGGAUAUUAUAC